UAACCCACAUGGGAAAUGUCAAAAUUAUUUUGAGUUUUUUUUUCCUGUGUAGCAUUCCACUAGUUCUCUCCUCGAAAAUAAAAUAAAUUGGAAGUUAAAAAUUUUCAAUUUCACAAUUGCCGACAGCUAAAUAAACUAGUUUGAAAAUCUCGAAAAGAUGACCAACCUCCUUCGAAAUGUAUCAACAUUGCGAUUGGUAUCAUUCAGCAAUACAUUUCUUCGACAGAGAAAAAUAAUUCUCCAUCCAAUAACCAAUUGCCCUGACAUCGAAGGAAGAAGGUACCUACAUGAUGGAGCUGAUCCAACAAACACACCUUUUGCAACUAGGGUGAACUCACUAGUCAAUUUUGGAACUGAACUAGCUCAAAGACAAGUUACAGAAAAACGGUCAAGGGACGUUUUCGAGAGGAGUAAGCUAGUUAAGAACUCUCCAGAGCCCACAAAUGAUCCAAAUAAACCAACCUUAGAGCAAUUAGAUCAUGUCUUCAAUGUACUGCGUGAAACCCUACCAAAAUUGUUUAUUCAGCCAAUGGACUAUUCGAUUUAUAGUCCAAAUUUGAUUUUCGAGAAUAACAUCAAAGGAAAGCACACGGUAGGUUUAUAUCAUUAUGUGAAGCAAGUUGCCUUGCUACGAACAGUUGGUCAUUUGAAAUACGCUUAUGUUAAAUUUGAUGUUCUUAAAAUCACAAAACACCCAGAAGAUUUCUCAAUCAGAAUACGAUGGAGUGUUAGAGGUAUAUCGGGUUUAAAGGUGAUGUUUCAAUUUUGGAAGGUCAAACUUUGGAAAUUUAAGGAAAUUUUAGACCAGCAAGAAGCGUGGUACGAUGGAUUCUCUACCUGCUACAUAGGACCAGAUGGCCUCAUUUAUAAACAUGUUGCUGACAGGGUGAUGCCUGAUCAAAGCAAAGAAGCUAAUACCACUUUAAAAGAAACACCACUAGCAGCAGCAUCUGUAGCAGCAACAGCAGCACCAAAAGUUGCAUUCGUGAUUGGUCUAACAACUGAUAUUUCUAAUUGUAUUACAUAAUUUCAAAAGAAACCAAACAAAAAAAAAAGAAAAAGAAAACAACUUGCAUGUCCUUAAACACUGAUUCACAUAAUGCUUAAUAUUUUAAUAUUAUUUAAAUGUUAACUAUAUAUUUCGCCUAAGACACUUGCAACAAACGAAACUAUACAUUUACAAUAGAUUCAAUCCUUUUAUUGUAAUUUAUGUUCUUUAUUUAAGAAAUACCCAUAGCUACAUAAUAUAUAAAAAUAUAUUUAUUGUUAAAAGUU